AUACAAUAAAUAUAUAUGUAUAUAAGUGGUGACCGGUACGAUGUGAAUACAGUUAUUUGCACCGUGAUAAUUUUAUUUACUUUCCAAUAAAUACAUGACGAUGUCCGUUUAAUAGUUUAUUUUUCAAGCAUGAUGACACGCGUCACGUUUCUGCAUCCCGAUCUCGGUAUUGGCGGCGCGGAGAGGCUCGUCGUCGAUGCGGCCCUAGCGUUGAAGAAAAACGGCCACGACGUAAACUUUGUGACAACCCAUUAUGACCUGGAACACUGUUUUUCGGAAACCAAAGACGGCACGAUUCCCGUCACUGUUGUGGGUAAUUGGCUACCUAGACACAUUCUGGGCAGAUUCUAUGCGCUCUUCGCUUACAUACGCAUGAUAUAUGCAGCCAGCUAUAUAAUCUUCUGUGAUCAACGACCAGAAGUUGUUUUCUGUGACCUAGUGUCCAUCUGUAUACCUAUAUUGAGACUGCGCAUUCCAUAUGUGAUAUUUUACUGUCACUAUCCAGAUCAACUGCUCUCACAGCCUGGUGGCUGUAUCAAACAGUUGUACCGCAUACCACUGAAUUACCUUGAGGAAAUCACAACUGGCAUGGCACAUAAAGUAUUUGUAAAUAGCAAUUACACAAACAGUGUGUUCAGAAACACAUUCAAGAGACUGAAAAUUAAACCAGAAAUUUUGUAUCCCUCCAUUAACACAGACUUCUUCAAUAAGACGAGAAUAGUAUCUCUAGAGAGGGUGCUUGACAGAAAAUUACCAGAUGAUAGCAUUAUACUGUUGUCUAUCAAUAGGUAUGAGCGUAAGAAAAAACUGUCUCUUGCGAUAGAGGCUCUGGCGGAACUGGAAAAUCUUUUAACAAAGGAAAUAUAUAAAAAAGUGUACUUGAUAAUGGCCGGUGGAUAUGAUAAGAGAGUCGAGGAAAACGUGGAGUAUCACUUGGAAUUGAUAGGACUCGCCGAUGAGCUGCAUGUAACGGACAAAGUGAUAUUUCUACGUUCACCCUCCGAUAUAGAUAAGAUCUCUAUACUUCAUCAUUGCAAAAUUGUGAUAUACACCCCGCCGAAUGAACACUUCGGAAUAGUACCCUUGGAGGCGAUGUUCAUGGGCAAACCAGUGAUCGCUCACAACUCCGGCGGUCCCACGGAAUCGAUAAUUUCCGGAGAGACUGGUUUUCUAGUCGAUUUGUUCGGCGAAGAGUUUGCUUUGAAAAUAGCUUAUUUAAUUACAAAUCCAAAUCAGCUUGAGAAUUUUGGUAGAUCGGGUCAGUAUAGAUUUCUGGUGACAUUCAGUUUUGCUGCUUUUAGUGCUCAAUUAAAUAAGGCGAUAAGCGACUUAACUGAUAGGCAAUAAAAUAAUGGAAGUUGUUAAAAGAUUAUCAUGUUAUUUUUUUUAUUUUUUUACAUGCUAUUAGAUCCGGAACGCUGAUUAAAUAUGAAUGAUGCUAUAAAAAAAUAAAAAAUUUUUUAAAUGUUAUUUAUUUAUAUUUCAUAUUAAAUAUAUUUGAUUUGAAAGAGAUUUAUGUUUUCUACUGGACUUUGUGGCCUAAACGUAAACUGUAGCUUGUUUAAUUAUAUUUUAUAUCGAAAUAAAAUUUAUUGUAAUUUAUGUUUCAAGACACAUAGUCAUGUCUUACAAAUACACUUGGAAAAAUGAACAAAUUUUCAGAAUAAAUUCAAGCAGCAGGAAAAAGUUUAUUACAUCAGGAUAUUUGCUAUGUAUUGUCAGUUUCUAUAAUUUUUUGGAUUUUUGAGUUUGAAACUUUUUCUUGUGAAAUAAAUUGGACAUAUUUAACAUAAGUAAAAAAUGUCGGAUCUAUUUGCAGUUUUUGCUUUCUAUAAGACGCAAAUAAAGUCCGAUCGUAAAACCGAAA